CUGGAUCAAUGGGCAGAAACUGCGGUCGUCUCCAGCCAACCUCAAAGCAUCAUCAGCUGUACAUUUCAUGUUCUUUCUACUCACAUCCUUCACGCGACAAGAAAACACCUGAGGCAAUGCGAGCAGGCAGACAAGAGACCGGCAUGCAGGCAGGCAUGCGACCCUCUGAGCGACCCUAUCGACACCCACUCCCCCUCUGCAGCAUGCCUGCCUGGUCCCUCGAUGGGAUUGCUACAGGUAUCCCUACAGCUAUGGCUACGUCAUAUCUCGUCCGGUCAGUUCUGCAUCUUGGCGCUGCUGCUGUCGGCCGACCGCUGGUGCGUCUUGAGCAGCACCUCCAGCUCGGCCACGUCACUGUCCUCCAGCAGACACUUGUCGUACACACUCUCCACCGACAUCUACACAACCACAUCCAUGCGUCGAGGUGGCGUGUGUGUGUGGAUAUCUACCGUGUAGCCCUCUUUCUUGGCGAUUUUGGCCAGGAGCCUCUUCAUGUUGUCCCACAGCACACGCAGCUGCGAGUCGGCCGCUAUGGCGCUCUCGUCGGCCAACUCGCGGGGCUGCACACAUACACAUACACACAUGGAGCCAACGACAUUUAUGCUGUCUGUCUGUCUGCGUGUCUGCCUGUGAGCCCUCUCGCCCACCCAAAGGUCGAGUUUGUUGGCAGGCGUCUUGAUAUGUGUGUCGUUGCGUGCGAUGCGGAUGGCACAGUGGGCGCACAUGGUGGCCAGCUGGGCGGGAGACAGCGACACGAACACAUGAUAACCGAACGACAAAUACUGAACACACACACACGCACAAACACACACGCGCGUCGAUAGAAACACCACACCCAGGUCUAUGUGUCGACAUACAUACCAUAAGUAUGGUGGCCUUCUGAAUCACGUAUUCCUUGACGCUCUCAUCGCCCCACUGCACCGCACGGCCAUACCGACGCAGCGCGCGGAACGGCGAGGGGUAGUACACGGCGAAGUCGAGCACCCGCAGCACGUCGCUCUGGACGGCCUUGAGGGUGGCCACGGGGGCUGGCUGGUCGCCGUCGUCAAGGAUGAUGUCUUGCUUGCCUGCAAAGCCGCUCUGGAAGCCCUCGCACUCCUCGUCGAUAUCGUCGAUGCAGUGGUCGUUCAUGUAGGCCAAACUCAGACACACGACACCCGUCUGAAUGAAUGAAAGGAGGAAUGUACCCAAUGCAUUGGGGGGGGGGUCACCGAAGGGGAGUGAGUGAGUGUGUGUGUGUGUGUGUGCCUACCACCAGGUAUUGGUAUCUGGUGAGGGGUUUGAUGCCCUUGCCGGCCACGAGCUGCUCCUGGUACCGCCAAUACACAUAACGGUCCACCUGACAACACCACACCACAGCACAGCACCACCCAUCCCAAAUUCCUCUCGCCCAUCCCCCACCCACCGGCCCACCAUAUUGAUGGCCGUGGCGAUGCCGUCCUCGCCAAGCGACAGGUCGUUCUCACCCCCAUCGUCGUCAUCCUCAUCCUCAUCUUCAUCGUCGACACACGCCGUGACGUCGUUCCAGCACACAAACCGGUCCCACAGCCUGGCGCGCAGGGCCGGCAGCUGGAUGUCGCCGCCGCCGUCACCACCGCCAUCGCCAGUCAGGAGCUGCUGGCUGUGGGUGGCGAAGAAGUCGCUGUCUGGCAGGGUGAAUCUGCGGUGCUUGUCGUGCUGCAGAUGCAUGCAAAAUACGAGAGAGAUUCCAACAGGGAGGCGCGGCUGGCAUUUGGUGUGGCUUGGCAGACGGACGUACUUCGAUAGUCCUGAGGUGCUGUGGUCUGUAGUUGUCAGGUCGGUUGAGUCGGGUCGACGGCUGCCGCCCCUCCAUGUACGAGGCGUACUGGUACACUUGCAGACCCAACACACGCUCGAAGAAGGGGUGCCGCAGGGCAGCGGGACCCGUGAUGCGCUGCGUGGGGUUCACCUUGAGCAGGCUGACACAACAACACACACACGAAAGAAGGAGGGUGCAGACAGACAGACAGACAGACACACAGACAGACUCACGUAGAGUACCUUUCCAGUAGGUCGAUGGCAAGGGCUUCUGUUUCGGCGUCCAUGUCUUGUCGAGGCGGGUCUGCACUCUUGAGCAUGUCCUUCAGGGUGCAGCCGUCCUGCGGCUCCUCACCGCCGUCGAACCCCUCCAUCAUCUGCCCGCCCAUUCACGUCAGUCAGGCCUGUGUGUGCAACAUAACAUACACACCUGUUCGUAGUUGUCGAGUCUCUCCACGCCCUUCCAGGUGCGAUUCGUCGGCUUGCCUACACAAAGACACACACCGGAUGGCAUUGCACGCGCCGCACCGUUGCCACCCCAACCGGCGAAUGGGUGGGUAUCCGUUGGUCUCUUCUGUUUGGUUACCCACCGAAUGCUCUUGCGAUUUCCACGAGUGUCUCGCGCUCCUCAUCCAACCGCAGCACCUCUGGAUGCUCCCCAGCAAACAGCAGACGGCCAGUCAGCAGCUCGCCGAAGAUGCACCCCACCGCCCAGAUGUCCACCUGUCGCAUGCCAUGGGCACACGCAAAGACACGCAAAGACAGCCGGAUGUGACGUGCACUGCACGGGAUGCGAUGCGAUGCGUACGGCACUGAAGUAGUCUCGCUGGCCCAGGAUGAUCUCUGUCAGAUCAGACACACAAAAGGAUCGAAAAAGGGGAAGGGACUUUCGUACAAGACAAGUGGUAGAGAGAGAGAGGGGGGCCCCCAUGAUCUGUCUGUCUGCCUGUGUGACCUGGUGGGCAGUAAAUCUUGGUGCCGACGCCUCGCGGGCUGCGCGACACGUAGGGAGUGGCGGGGGUCGCCUGGGCCAUCCUAUACAUAACACACACAUCCACAGAGAGAAAGCGGUUCAGACAGACGUGGACGAAUGUAACUGUGGGGGCGUCCAUUCGCGAGGCUCACCCGAAGUCGCAGAUCCUGACGUAGUGGACGUCCUUUGGCCGUCCGUGUUGGUUCAGCUUCAGCAGAAUGUUGGAUGGCUUCAAAUCACAAUGCAUCACUGCACGAGAGCAACAGAAUGACGAGAGCAAUAAAGAAGCGCCACAUGUGGCAGCAAGUGAUCAUUACCCACCCUGCUUGCCGCCAGGACCGCCCGUGUGCAUGUGAGUCACGCCCUUGACACACAGACACAGGUAGGGAGAAGAAAGAGAGACCGUCAGAAGCACAUGGUGUGACCCCGCUCGUCACUCCAUCAGUCAGUCAGUCAGUCGUCCCUACCAGUAGGAUUUGGUAUAGGAUCUCAGCGACCAUCUUGAUCUGCAUCUGGUCACUCAGCGACCGGUGGUACUGGCUCAGGUUCUCAUCACCCAACUCCUGACAACACAAACAACACACACAGCGUCGCAUGUGUGUGUCAGCCGCCAGCCCAUUCCACAUCGCUCACGAGUAUGAGGUAGCUCGUGUUGGUGUUGGGGUCGACGUAGGCGGCGUGCAGCUUGGUGAUGGAGGGAUGUCGGGCGGCACGCAGCGUCGCCGCCUCCAGGUACGUAUCCGACGACAGAUGAUUCACACGACUGGGGUAGCGCGACUCCGGGUCGACAGUCGAUAUCUACACACACACACACACACACACACACAGGCACACACACAUGUAUCCCACAGCCACUGCAUCCGCAUCAGGGCCUUCCUCCCUCCCUCCCCCUUGCGCACCUUCUUGAUGGCGUAGCACCCUCCCUCCAGCUUGAGCCCAGGUUCCACCGCCAGCUUGGCGGCGACGUCAUCGGUGACCACACACCUGUACACCUCACCGAAUGAGCCCCCGCCCAGCCGCUCCGGCUGCAGCUCAUGCGUGUCGAGCCCCAGAUCUAGCAGAGAUCUGCCGCCGGCCGUCAUCUGCCGGAGUCUGCCGGUGAUCGGGAUGAUGAGCUUGGAGAGGAAGGGGUCUGAUGCCACCUCGUAGUCCAUGGCUGGCAGAACCUGCAGCCAGCAGGACCAACAGACAGAAGGGCAAAGGACGCAUUCGGUGAGGAUCAAUUGCCAAUGGUGGGUGGAUGGAUGAAUGUUUUUGCUUUCUUGUCGCUGCACCUCCUCGCCGUCGGAG